AUGGACCAAACCUCCGAGCCUAAUGCCGCCGCCAUGCACAAUGCCCAGCGUCGCCGCGGCUCCGUGGGCACCUCCCAGCUCUUCGAUAACAUCGUGUCCACCUCCAACUUUAACCGAGACGAAGUGGAUCGUCUGCGGAAACGUUUCAUGAAGCUUGAUAAGGAUGCCUCCGGCACUAUCGACCGAGACGAGUUCCUCUCCCUGCCGCAGAUCUCUUCCAACCCGCUAGCCACCAGAAUGAUUGCCAUCUUCGACGAGGAUGGUGGGGGUGACGUCGAUUUCCAGGAGUUCGUCACUGGUCUGUCGGCCUUUAGCUCCAAGGGUAACAAGCUGGAGAAGUUGCGCUUCGCCUUCCGUGUUUACGAUAUCGACCGCGACGGAUAUAUCUCCAACGGCGAGCUCUUCAUCGUGCUCAAGAUGAUGGUCGGUAACAAUCUGAAGGACAUUCAGCUGCAGCAGAUCGUCGACAAGACCAUCAUGGAAGCCGACCAGGAUGGCGACGGCAAGAUCAGCUUUGAAGAGUUUACUCAUAUGGUGGAGAGCACAGAUGUGAACUUGAGCAUGACUCUGAACCAAAUAUAA